CCGACAGCCACUGUGAAGUCGGAUUAUUUUUCGGAUUCGCGGGGAAUCCAUUUUGAGACGGGAUACCUGCGUGGCGUUAUCAUUGGUUGAUUCCGCAAAGCGAGCAGCGAGAGAACCUUCAACAUGCUCGUCAUGGCAAACUGCAGUAUGAGUAAACAAAAAUUAACAUUUCACUUGCAAAGAAAAAGAUGAAUCAGCGUCAAGUUCUCUGGUCUCCCAACGUGCGCGCGGUCCGGGCGCGAGCAGUUCAGGAUGCGCGCGCGCGUAUCUUCAACGAUGUGGAGAAGAAGGUCGGGGAGCACAUGUUCCGCAGGCCUCUGGAGGGGCCGCGGUUGAAUCGCCAUUAUUUCCCGUCCAAAUUUCAGUUCCAGAGCUUUCACUUGGACGAGUACUACGACAUGCAAGAAGCGCGGUUUGACCCGGAAGUGGUAGCCUACCGGCGACGGCAGCUGUGGGCCGACGACACAGCAGACCGGACCGAAUGGAUGCAGCGCAUGCAGAGGGUCCUGGACAAAGUGCAGGCGGCGCGAAGGAGAGGCGUAGAUUUGAAAGCCAUGCUUGACGAGAAAACUCGAGCGCACGUCGACCUGUUGUUUUCGAGUGACCCGCGAAAGAAACGUAAGGAAACCGACGUCCCUGCUACCGCACAAGAUGUUGAAAUUAUAAAUGUACGGUCUGUUCUGUCCCGCCAGGAAAUUUUGGAGCUGCGUGAGGUGCUGGCUGUUGCGGACCAGAUGCUGCCACUGGAGGCAACUACAACGUGUGCUGGCCCAGACGAUACUUCAUCUGCCGCCAAAAAUCCGCCGGCUGCGGCUUCGAGAGAAAGUUGCGAAGAAGUAGCUGCGGUCCCGCUUCUUGCUGGUGGAAGUCAAGAGAGAGUCGUCGGCGACGCCGAUGUUUCCACUGCUGCGCCGGACAGCGCUGGCGAAGUAAGCGGGGAACAAGAGGAUGAAAAUGGGGCGAGGAGCACGGAAAACAAAGCGGCGAAAAAGCUGGUCCGUCAUAGGUUUGUAGAUCCGAUGUACCGACGGCGGCGACUAAAGUGGCUGGAGCGGUUCUGCUAUCAAAUGUAAAAAUGUCUGGGUCUGGAAGCUUGCCAGGUUUGUCAUGCAUAUUCUGAAAGACUCAUGAUGUCUGUGAUGCAUGCUCUAGCAUGACAGAUUUUAGAGGCCUUUGUGAUGCCUCUACCGCAUGAGAAAUGCCCUCUCCGGGUAGCACAAACUGGAGUUCUGUUGCUGGUCAUGCAAUGCAAAUUUUUUUAGAAUCCAGAGACAGCAUCACAAGUUCCAACCUUCCAGACCCAGACAUUUUUACAUUUGAUAUCUGCCGGGGAUUGCACAGGAAGAAAGAGAAACAGUACAACCCCUACUACCUUACGCACCCAGACGAGAAGCCUGUGUGGCCGGACAACCUCUAUCAAAUGCAAAAAUGUCUGGGUCUGGAAGAAUGCAAGAUUUGUCAUUCAUAUUUCUCAUGGAUCAUAAUGCCUGUAAUGCUUGGCCUAGCAUCGCAGACAUUUAGAGGGCUUUCUGAUGCACCUUCCGCAUGAGAAAUGCCCUAUCCGUGUAGCAAAAACUGCACCCCUCUUGCUGGUCACGCAAUACAAUUUUUUUUAGAGUCCAGAAACAGCAUGACAAGUUGCAAUCUUCCAGACCCAGACACUUUUGCAGUUGACAACCUCGGCAGUGUCACCAUUCGGUGGCCGAAUCCGGCGGCAUGA